CAAUUCCCACAAGUUGAACCAAGAAACAAAGAGGAAAAAAAACUCAAGAUAUACAGAGAGAGAGAUGGCUUGUUGGUCAGCUGAAAAUGCCACUAGAGCCUACCUCAAAACCAUGAAAAUGGUAACAAGAGCGAAAGAGCCAGAUGUAGCUGAGUUUGUAUCGGCACUCGCUGCCGGCAACAAUGCACAACUCAUGGUUGUUGCAUCAGCCAAUGCUACCUGCAGCUCCACCACACUGGCAUUGGUGGCCGCAGCCCACCAAACCGGUGGACGGGUUGUCUGCAUCCUGACCGGGACAGAAGAGCUAUGUUUGUCCGCAAAGGCACUAGGUCUUGACGCGAGGCGCGUUGAGUUUGUCAUUGGGGAAGCUCAGUCUCUGCUCAUGAAUGACUACAGGGAAGCUGAUUUUGUGGUCAUCGAUUGCAAUCUCAAGAACCAUGAGAGAAUUUUUAAGGCAGUUGAAGAAGGUAAAAGACAUAAUGGAACCGUUGUUUUGGGGUACAAUGCAUUUUGCAACGACUCGUGGUCGUGGGGUGGGUCAAAAACGCAGUUGUUGCCUAUCGGAGAAGGGUUGCUAUUGACUAGAAUAGCAGCAAAAGCCAAGGUUGGUGGUGGUGGUGGAGGCGGCUUCAGAAAGAGAAGUCACUGGGUUGUGAAAGUAGAUAAAUGCACCGGUGAAGAGCAUGUGUUCAGGGUCAGAUCUCCACAAAUGAAAGUUAUUGAAGGUUAGAGUUAUUGAGGUUUAGUUCCUCAAGGGAAUUUUUUAUCUCAAAAUGUAAAUAGCUAUCAUAUAUAAAUAAAUGCAGCAACCUUCUGGUUUUUUCGACA